UACGCCAACGCCACCAACGCGAGCGCCGCCGGCGUCAGCCACGUCAUCCUGAGGCAUUACAACCACACGGGCCGCCUGCAGAACCGGACCGUGUCCAGCGCGCCGGGCCACAUCAGCGCCUCCAUGGCUGUCUUCCUCUUCGUCGGCAUCUUCAUCGUCCUGGAGAACCUGCUGGUGCUGGCGGCCGUCCUCUCCCGCAUCCGCCACAGCCGCCGCUGGGUGUACGUCUGCAUCGCCAACAUCACGCUCAGCGACCUCCUCACCGGCGCCGCCUACGUGGUCAACAUCUGCCUGUCGGGCAGCCAGACGUUCCGCCUCACCCCGGCCCUCUGGCUCUUCAGGGAGGGCCUGCUGUUCGUGGCCCUGGCGGCCUCCAUCUUCAGCCUGCUGCUGAUCGCCGUGGAGCGAUACACCACCAUGAUGAAGCCACUGCCCCAGAAGUCGGCCGCGAAGAGCUACUACCGGAUCUACGGCCUGGUGGCGCUUUGCUGGGUUUUGGCGCUGGUGAUUGGCUUCCUCCCCAUGCUGGGGUGGAACUGUGUGUGCAGCCUGGACGGAUGCUCCACCCUCCUCCCGCUCUACUCCAAGACCUACAUCCUUUUCUCCCUCGUCAUCUUCUUCCUCAUCCUCCUGGCCAUCGGAGUACUCUACGGCGCCAUCUACCGCCACGUCCACCGGAGCGCUCAGCUGGCGCCGCAGCGCAGCCGCAAGCGCUCCAUGAGUUUGCUCAAAACGGUCAUCAGCAUCGUGGCCAUCUUCAUGAUCUGCUGGGGCCCGCUGUUCGUGCUGCUCCUGGUGGAUUUCUUCUGCGCCUCCCGGCAGUGCUCCCUGCUGUCCAUCGCCGAUUUCUGUAUCACGCUGGCCGUGGUCAACUCGAGCCUGAACCCCAUCAUCUACGCGCUGGGCAGCGGCGACAUGCGGAAGGCCAUGGCCGAGCUGCUGUGCUGCUGCCUCUGCCGCCCGCAGAAGUUCACCUCCAAGGAGACCAGCAGCACCUCGGAGGGCCGGAGGGACAGCCUGAGGAACAGUUUCAACAGGGUCAGGAACCUGAGCGUAGCCUCGCCGCCGUCGACCCCGAGCAAGCCGCGCAGGAUGCCCAGAAAGUGCAGGCUGAGCACCACCACCAGCUGCCUGUCAGUUUCAAGUGGUUAAAAACCACAGAGCUCCCCUCCCAAGCAAACGAGACCUGUGUGCGCUGAAACACAUCGAACCGUUUCCUCCAAGUUCUGCUAUGAAUGUUCACUGCACUGAUAACAUGUUUGAAGAAAAACAGCUUGAAAUGAGACUCUAUUCUUGAAAAGAAUGCAAUAAURUAAACAUCAGACUUUCUUCUGUGUAGUUAUUUUUUUUUGCGUCAAUGCAUUUACUGCUUUACUGGAUUGUAUAUUUUUUAAUAGUCAAAUAAAAUGAUGUGUAUUUUUGAUUGAUUUUGUAUGC